AUGUCAGAUGUGGAGCUUCACUUUGAGUUCAAUGCUGAUGCAGGUGCAUCCAAAACCUUCCCACAACAAGCUGGAACCAUCCGAAAGAAUGGUUACAUUGUCAUCAAGAACAGACCCUGCAAGGUUGUUGAGGUUUCUACUUCAAAAACUGGCAAGCACGGACAUGCAAAAUGUCAUUUUGUGGGUAUUGAUGUAUUUACUGGCAAGAAGCUUGAAGAUAUUGUUCCUUCAUCUCACAAUUGUGAUGUUCCUCAUGUCUCUCGUACAGAUUAUCAACUUAUUGAUAUCUCUGAAGAUGGUUUUGUGAGUCUUCUGACUGAAAGUGGGACCACCAAAGAUGAUCUCAGGCUUCCCACAGACGAAAAUCUUGUUGCUCAGAUUAAAGAUGGGUUUGCUGAAGGAAAAGAUCUCGUGGUAAGCGUUAUGUCCGCAAUGGGAGAAGAACAAAUCAAUUCUCUUAAGGACAUUGGCAAGAAUUAG